CAAGCAAUUCCAUUCUUAAAGACAACCGUUUUGUUGAAGGACAAAAACUAAUUAAUUUAGCCACAUUCUAAGUCUCUAGCUCUGCUUUUAAGAGAAAGCACCUGGCCAUAGCAUCAAAAGUCCUACUCCAGCAUCCAGAUCCAGCCAUGGGAAACUCCAAGAGCGGCGCUAUGUCUAAAGAGAUCCUUAAAGACCUGAAGCUAUCAACAAAUUUUUCGGAGACCGAGCUCUGCCAGUGGUACGAAAACUUCCAGAAACAGUGCCCAUCUGGACGCAUCACACCAGAUGAAUUUGAGAAGAUCUAUGACCGCUUCUUUCCUGAAAGUGAUGCCACGACUUAUGCCAAGCAUGUCUUCCGAUCAUUUGACGCAAAUGAUGAUGGGACACUAGACUUCAAGGAAUACAUAAUUGCUCUACACAUGACAUCAGGUGAAAAAACAGAGAGGAAGUUGGAAUGGGCUUUCUCACUGUUUGAUGUUGACAAGAAUGGCUACAUCACCAAGGCAGAAGUAGGAGAAAUCUGCAAUGCCAUUUUUAAGAUGAUUCCCAAGGAACACCAAGAGAAGCUUCCAGCAGAUGAAAACACACCAGACAAGAGAGCAGCAAAACUGUGGUCUUAUUUUAACAAAAAAGAUGAUGAGCGGUUGGCUGAGGGAGAGUUUGUACAGGGAGUGAUGGAUAAUGAAAAUGCUAUCAACCUAAUUCAGUACCAGCCUAUUAAAUAAAGAAACACAGAGCUGGAUCGACUCUGGGGCCCCAGUUACGUUGUAAAUAUUAUUACCUCCUAUUUCUUUAAUAUUGACAGCUAAGCUAAAAGCUUGUGCAUUUAGUUACACUAUACACAGAUGUUCUCCUAAACAGUAAAUACACAUUCAUAAUAUACCCAGAGAUUCAAAAUGCAGAAGUACUGUAUGAUAACAGUACUGUCUGGAUCAGGACCAGGAUGUUCAUUGGACAUUUUGACUAGCAUGACAUGUCAGUUCAAUGUUUUCUAUAAAGUGACCUGUGAAAUUUACAGUAUUUAUUAUAUUAGCUUUCUAUGGAAAAUCUAUAGCAGUGUUGUAUGCGGACCACCAGUGCUACCAGGAGGAGGCAGCUGUUUAAGUGUUAGCGAAACAAUCAUUUAAAUAUUUGUGUCUGUCUCAUUGUUUCUGAUGGAAUAAAAUAAUUGAAAAAGUU